AUGGGCCUUGGAAAGACGCUUUCGAUUAUCUCCCUGGUUCUCAAGCUGCCAAGCCAGCUGAAGCGGUGCCACCGCAUGAAGUUCAUUGACGAUGGUGGCAGUCAGACACAGACGUCGAGUGGCACGCUGAUUGUCUGCCCGCUGUCCACCAUGGCCAACUGGGAGGAGCAGCUAGCCCUGCAUGUUCUGCCAGGAAACUUGCGUGUGCUGUCCUACCACGGCAGCAGGCGGGUGCGCAAUCCCAAGCGUCUGUGUCAGUACGAUAUUGUCCUGACUACCUACGAUACUGACACGCAGUGGUACCAAAUCCCCGAAACCCCCUAUGUCUCUCCCCUGCAGGCUGUGCACUGGCACCGUGUAGUGCUCGACGAGGCUCAUACCAUCAAAGAGCGCCGUACAGCAACCAGCCAUUCGGCACAUGCCCUAUCCGCCGACCGCCGAUGGUGCCUUACCGGCACACCAAUCCAGAACCGG